AUGUUUAAAAAUAAAGAAGAAUUUAAUGUUACUGGAGGAAGAGAUGCUUUUCGUUCAUCUAAUAUUAAUAAAGGACAAAUUAUUGAGAUGGAUGAAGAAAAAAAAAUUCAUGCAAUGAAAAGUUUUACUCAAUCUAUUGAUAUGGAUCUUCCACCUAUGCCUGAAUUACCACCUAAUUUGGAUAUUGAUAAAUUUGAAGGUUUUGGAAUGUCAUUAAGUAGUACACAAGAUACUAUUAUUGAAUGUACUAAUAAAAAUUCUGGAAUGGGAGAAACACAAAAAUAUGCUAUGACUGUACCUGGACCAGGUCAUACAGAUCAGGAACAAGAACAGCAUACAAGUUUAUUAAAAGAAGAAGAUGAUGAUGGUGGAAGUUUAGAGGAAGAAAAAAAUAUUGAAAGUCAACCAUUUAGACCAUCAACAUUACGAGAUGAUUCAAUUAGUAAAGAAAUAAGAAGAGAAUAUAGUGUUAAAGCACGUCCAAGACCAACAACUCCAAUACAAACAUCUGUUCUUGAAUCUUUUAUUGCAAAUUCAACUAUUAAUAAUAUUAAUAGUAAUAAUAAUGAUAAUGUAACUGAAAAAAUAACUGUUAAAUUACCAAAAAUAAAAAAUGAAGAUGAUCCAUUUGUUUCUUCAACAACAACAACUACUACAAAAAAAUCUCGUAGAAUUUCAAUUAACAAAAAUAAUGAAGGUGAUAUAUUAAGUGAUAAUGAAGAAUUUAAAUCAAAAGCUCCAGCACAUCCAGUUGUUCAUAGAAGAGCAAGUAUAGAAUGGGAAAAUUUUGUUGAAAAAAAAGAAGAAUUAGAAAAUUUAAAUAAAGAUAUAAAGGUAGAUAAUAAUGAAAUAAAUAAAAAUGAAGAAAUAAUUACGGAAAAUGUAGAAAGUAAUAAUAUAACAGAUACUUCUUAUGAUGAUUAUAUUACUUAUUCAGAAGAUAAACAAUAUUAUUUAGCUGAUGAUGGUGAAUGGUAUCCAAUUUCAGCAUUAACUGUACCAAAUGAACAAAUUACAUAUGAAGAUCAAUAUUAUUCUGGAGAAAUAACAUAUUCUGAAGAUGGUCAAUAUUAUUUAGCUGAUGAUGGACAAUGGUAUCCUGUAUCAGCAUUAGAAGAUUAUCAACAAGAUUACAAUUAUGAUGAAACAACAAAUUGUGUAAAUUAUGAAGAUCCAAAUAUAUAUUCUUCAUAUUCAAAUGAACAACCAUUAUCAAAUGAAAUGUAUCCACAAGAUUCUUUUCCUCAAGAAUCAUAUAUUCAUGAAAAUUAUUCUCAUGAAUCAUAUUCUGAGAAUAAAAUAUUAAAUCAAGAAGUAUAUUCUCAACAAGAAGAACAUUCUUAUAAUAAUGAAUAUGAUAAUUAUUCUUAUGAUCAAUAUGGUAAAUUAAAUUAUACAGAAAAAGAAUAUUCAAAUGAUUAUAAAAAUGAUUUUACAUAUGAACAAUAUGGUUCCAUACCAAAAAAAGAAGAAGAAGAAAAUGUAUCAACAAGUAUUGUUACAAAAUCAUUAUUUACAGAUAAAGAAAUUGGAGAUAAAGAAAAAGAUCCUUAUGGAUGGGAAGAAGAAGAAAAGAAAGUUGUUGAAAUUUCUACUAAAGCUCCACCACCAAGACCAACAACUGGACCAACACCAAUACGUCCCCCUCCACCUAAUAAAACACCAGAAAAAAAAGUAAUUCAAGAACCAGAAGUAGAAGAAGAUGCUUGGACAAAAUUUAAUGCUAUGUCAUCACAAAUAACUUCAAUUGUUAAAAAUACAGAAGAAAAAUUAAAAGAUUUAUCAAAUAAAAGUGCUAUAAAUGAUAUAAAAGAUGAAUCAUAUUUAGCUUCUGUUGGUGGUUCACAACCAGGAGGAAAUAUAAAUUUAACUAUUCAUAAAAAAAUUUUAGAACAAAAAGAAAAAGAAACUAAAGAUAAAGCUGAUAAAAAAUUAAAAUCUCAUCUUGGAAUUAAAGAUGAUAAAAAGAAAAAGAAAAAGAAAGGUUCUGAUUUAUUUGAGUAUGAAUAUGAUGUUGAAGAGGAAGAUGAAAUGGAUAGAAAAGCAGCAGAAUUAGCUGAUAAACUUGGAGCAAUGAGACAAGAUGUUGGAGAAUGGAAAAAACCUGAAAUUCUUGAAAAAAAAGAAAUUGAAAAUACAAAUAUAGAUUUUAAAGUUAUUAAUAAUUGGACAGGAUUUGAAGAAGGAGAAGAUAAAUUUUCAACACUUUCAUUAUCAAAUUCAGAUUUUUUUAAUAAUAUUCCAAAAACAGCAGAAAGUGUUAUUAAAGAAAUUGAAGAUCCUUUUGCUGUUUCAACAUCAAUUAAAGAAGAAACUAAAGAUUUAUUUGAUGUUCCUGAUGCUGAUAAAGUAAUUCAAGAUUUAGAAAAUAAAGUUGAAGAAAAAAUGAUUGGACAUACUGGAGAAUUAGAUUAUUUAGAUGAUUUUGAUAAAGAAAGAAAAAGUAAUGUAAGUACACCAACUCAAGAAGGUGGUUCUCCUGUAUCACGUCCAAUAGGUUUUGAGGAUGAAUUUAAUGCAGGUGAUGUAUAUUAUUCACAUACACCAACACCAUUAUUUGAUGACGAUGAUAAAGAACCAUUAUCACCAUUUAAGAAAGAUAAUAAUGAUUCAUGGAAUUUAAUGAUAAGACAUCCAUUAAAAAAAAAAUUAAUGGCUGAUCGUGUUUGGAAGACAUGUUAUGUUAAAUUAGAACGUGAAUCAUUAAGUAUAAGUAGUAAUAAUAGUAAUGAACAUAUGAUGUUAAAAAUAUAUCAAACAAAAGGAGAUUCAACACCUAUUCUUGAAAUUCUUCUUCAACCAACAUAUUCAUUAUCAGAUAGUAAUGUUCAACCAUAUGAUGCUUAUGGUAAAAUACAUACAGUUAAACUUCAACAAAUAACAUAUAAAGAAAAAGUUGGUAUUAGACAAGGACAAAUUUCACGUCUUGUUGAGGGACAUUUAACAAAAUUUGGUAUGCCAAUAGAACAUAGUGCUUCAGUAAAUGUUUUAGCUAAAUUUGGAUCAUUAGAUCAUGAUAUAUUAGAUGAUUUUGUUAAUAAAAUAGAAGAUAUAUUAUUUAAAUGUGAAUGUAAACGUAGUACAAAACCAAUACAUAAACAAGAUGAAGUACAAAUUCAUUGUUAUGAUGAAUAUAUUGGUUCUGUAGAUGUAAAUGGUUGUUUAAAAUCUCAAAAAGCUCGAGUUAGAAUGUUUUGUCUUGCUUUUUUAACUGGCAGUUCUCCUUAUCUUGAAAUUGGUUUAAAUGAUAAAAGAAGACAAGGAAAAGAAAUUGUUAGAAGAAAAGAUAUAUUACCAAUGUAUACAGAAAGAUGGAUUAAAUUUGAAAAUAUUGAAUUUCAUUCAUCAAUUGAUCAAGAAGUAUUUGUUGAUGAACAUUAUUUAAAAUUAUCUCCACCAGAUGGUGUAUUUUUUGAAAUUAUGAGAUUUAGAAUUAGACCACCUAAAAAUAAAGAAAGACCAAUAAUAAUUAAAAGUUUAAUGAAAAUUGCUGGUUCAGCAAUUGAAAUACGAAUUGAAGUUAUGGUUUCUGCAAGUACACAUAAACAUAAAAAUCGUGAUGAAGAGACAAGAAUAAUACCAUGUGAAGAUAUACAAAUAAGAUUUCCAAUUCCUGAAGCAUGGAUAUAUUUAUUUAGAGAAGAAAGAACAUGGGGUGUUGGAUCAAUUCAUUCAAAAACAAGAAGACCAGGUAAAGUUAAAAAUUUAAAAGAUAAGAUUAUUGGAGCAGUAACACAAACUUCAUCAUCUAUGAUUGAAGUAGCUAUUGGAGAAGCUAAAUAUGAACAUUUAUAUAGAUCUCUUGUUUGGAGAAUUCCAAGAUUACCAGAAAAACAUCAUGAAGCAUAUAAAAAUCAUCUUUUAACAUGUCGUUUUGAGUUAAGUAGUUUUGAUUUAAUGCCUGAAGCAUUUAUGCCAUCAGUAGAUGUUGAAUUUACAAUGCCAUUAUCAACUGUAUCAAGUACAGUAGUAAGAAGUAUUGGUAUUGAAGGUCAUGAAGAUAGUGAUAGAGUUGAAAAAUUUGUAAGAUAUGUAUCAAAAUAUAAUUAUAAAUUUGAAAUUGAUUAUUUUCAUUGUGAUUCAUUAGAAUGUGAAAGAACAUAUGAAACAAAUAUAAUAAAAACUGAUGAACAUCAAACAAUGUUUACAGGAACAUCUAAUGAAGCUAAUGAAGAUAAAAUUAAAUUUGAUAAAAUUGAAGAAAUUAAAAUUGAAAAUGAUAUUAAAAAAGAUGAUGAUUCAUCUAGUGAUAGUGAAGAUGAGAAAAAAAGAAAUGUACCAAUGAUUCAUAUAAAUAUGAAAGGCUUUUUAGAUGGACAAUCAACAACUAAUGGAUAUGUAACAACUAAAGAAUCAAUAAACGAAGAAAAAAUAAAUAAAAACAAAGAAGAUUCAGUAAUAAUUCAAGAACAACCAAUAUUUCAAAAUCAACAACAUUUACCACAACAAUAUAAUGUUUCACAACAAUAUUCUUCAGAACAAUAUAUUCCUCAACAAUAUAAUAUUUCACAACAAUAUCCUCCUCAACAGUAUAUUCAACAACAAUAUAAUAUUCCACAAUAUAACAAUACACAACAACAAUUUUCAAAUAUAGAUAUAAUUAAGAAAAAUGAAGAAAAUACAAAACAUGGAUUUACUCCAUUACGUUCACAAUUAUUUGGUGAUGAUGAAAUACCUGUAAUGGAAGGUUAUGGAAAUAAUGAUGGACCAGUUGGAGCAUAA